AUGUCUAAUUCUGCUAUGCGGAACCAAACAUUUGUGGCUGAAUUCCUUCUGCUUGGUCUCUCGAAGAGCCUGAAGAUCCGUCUUUUGCUGUUUGGGCUUUUUUCUGUGACCUACACCAUCACUCUGGUGGGCAACUCAAUGAUACUGAUGCUCAUCUGGCUAGACCCCCAACUCCACACGCCCAUGUACUUCUUCCUGAGCCACCUUGCCUUUGUGGACAUCUGCUAUACAUCCAGCACAGUCCCCCAGAUGUUGGUGAACCUACAGAGCCCAAGACAAACCAUCUCAUUGGUUGGCUGUGCUGUUCAGAUGCACAUUUUUCUGACCCUGGCUAUUACUGAGUGCAUCCUCCUGGCAGUGAUGGCGUAUGAUAGGUAUGUGGCAAUAUGCCACCCACUGCACUACACGUUCCUCAUGAACAAGAGAGUAUGCAUGAAGCUAGCUGUGGCAACCUGGAUGAGUGGCCUUUUAUUUCCAGUGGCACACACAGUCCUCACCUGGCGGUUGCCAUUCUGUGGUCCCAAUCUGAUUGAUCACUUUUUCUGCGAAAUGCCAGCAUUGCUGAAGUUGGCCUGUGCCGAUACCAAGAUGGUUGAAAAGGUCACUUCGGUGGGAUGCAUUUUCACCUUGCUUAUCCCCAUCUCCUUUAUCUUGAUGACUUACAUCCGCAUCCUGGCUUCCGUCUUGAAAAUCCAAUCUGCCCAAGGCCAGCACAAAGCAUUCUCUACUUGUGUCUCUCACAUAUCAGUGGUGGUGCUUUUCUAUGGCAGCGCCAUAUUUAUGUACAUGAGGCCAGAGUCUAGUCACUCCGCAGAUUUGGACAAAAUAGUCUCUCUCUUCUAUAGCAUAUUCACCCCCAUGUUCAAUCCCAUGAUAUACAGCCUGAGGAACAAAGACAUGAAAGGGGCCUUGGUCAAAAUUCUGUUACAGCACAAGCUUUGUUGA